AUGGCGGCAGCUUUGGGGGAGGUCUGUCGCCAAUGCGUCCAAACCGUGACUGAAAUCCCAGUCCAGAUCUUACUCGUUGCCGCCCUAUCCACAUUGUUGGGACUAUUCGUCCUAUUCUUUCUGUUUAUAUUCUUCGUCGCACCAGUCCCGCGCGCACCCCGAUCAGAAGAAAAGAAGUAUAGAACUCUCGCCAAAGAUGGAGCCGUUACGGACCCCGAACCCCUACCCUGCUGGCUCGACAGCCUCAACUCCAAAAACACCGAUCGCAAAACACCCAUAAUUCACACAAUCGAACCAGCCGAGCUAUUCAUGUCCGUGGUGGUACCGGCCUUUAACGAGGAGGACCGAUUAACUGGCAUGCUGGAGGAAGCCGUCAACUACCUAGAGCGCAUGUACGGGACAACAGCUUCCACCGCGGAGACGAUUGAGACCAGCUCAAUGCGUAACCGUAAACUGAACGGGGAUGCGACACCCAAUACCGCCUCAGACCGCGGCUGGGAAAUUAUCCUUGUCUCGGACGGCUCGACGGAUCGCACGGAGGAAGUCGCGUUCCGCUUUGCGCGCGAUCACCAGCUGUCUCUGCACCCCAAGGGACACGCGGGUCCCUGGACGCCGCAGGCUGCGGAAGGAGUGCAUAUUCCGCCCGGCACGAUCCGCGUCGUCAGUUUGACUCACAACCGUGGUAAGGGCGGUGCAGUCACGCAUGGGAUGCGCCAUGUUCGUGGCCAGUAUGUUGUUUUCGCAGACGCGGAUGGGGCCAGCAAGUUCGAUGAUUUGGGCAAGCUUGUCGGGUCUUGUCGCGAUGUAGAGGAUGCGAGGGGGCGUGGUGUUGCUGUGGGAUCGCGGGCGCAUAUGGUUGGCAGUGAGGCUGUGGUAAAGCGAUCCAAGCUUCGCAACUUCUUGAUGCACUCGUUCCAUUUGAUCCUGUGGCUCAUGACGCCUCCGAAGACGGCGACUGUGAAGGAUACGCAGUGCGGGUUCAAGCUGUUCUCGCGCAAUGCGCUACCUUACAUCGUGCCUUACAUGCAUUCUGAGGGUUGGAUUUUCGAUGUUGAAAUGCUCAUGUUGGCCGAGUUUGCCCGGAUUCCCGUGGCCGAAGUGCCUGUGGGAUGGAGGGAGGUCAAGGGCAGUAAAUUGAAUGUCUUGCGAGAUAGCAUCGGCAUGGCCUGGGGUCUGGCUGUUCUACGGGCAGCUUGGUCCUUGGGUGUAUAUAGACAGCGAUAA